UUUGGAAGGCUGAGAUUUAGAGAUUGAUGGGGGUUUUGUACAUUGGGGAGUUGGAGAACCUUUCAACAAACACAACCUUCUCUUUGAAAUACCUACAUUGGUCAUCGCCGACGAUUAUAUUUCAUUCAUUCAUUUGAUCCAAUACUGAUUUGUUUCUUCUUGGUAAUUAAUUCAGUACAAUCUCAUUCUAUCCCGAAGAGACUGGAAGGCAUGAUAACCUAGAUCUCUACCAAUCCACCAAUCCAUCAGCCCACACAUAUCAGGGACUGAGUUUACAAAGCAAUCAACAGCAUAUUCAAUACCAACCAACCUUCAUUCUCUCUUUCAUGGUUAAGUAGGUGUCAAUAGUGCAUCUAUUUAUCUAUUCAUCUAGUCAUCUAUUUGCGGAGUACAUCCAAGAUACUGGAAUAGGAAACAUAAACAUACCUUCAGCAUUUCAUCACAUGAUCAAUCUCCACUGAUACUCAUCACUUCUUAAGAUACCUUUGACCCUCGGGCUGUGGUUACUGUCAGGAGACAUCCCAAAAGACACUGAGCAUCAUAUCAAUCUUUGGUAUAAAAUUGAUAAUUAAUUUCUGCUGUUUUUCAAAACUUGCAGGUUGUCAUCCUAAACUACAAGCAUGUUUCCAGCAGGAAAAGAGCCAGGUGAGCAGCUGCCUGGGGGAGGUCUGAGUGAUAUUGGUAAUGGACUUGAAGAUCGUCUUCGAGGUCUCAUUCUCAAUAAUGCCAAUGUCACCACGGAAAAUGAAAUCAUAAACAUGCAUCCACCUCCUGCAAACAAUCUUCCGCCGCAUAUGCUCAGAGCUAGCCCGUCAGAGCAACAAGAAUAUCUGUCCAACAUGGCUUCAAAAGCAGCCGAGUCAGUAAAAACCGUUUCUACCAACACUACUCCAUUGUCCCCACAGCCUGGAAAGAAGAGGAUGAAUCAAGCCCAAAGACGGCAAAUGAAUGCUCAACUUUCAAUUCCAAUUGACUCGAGUCAGCAAGAACAGCAGCAUCGUCAGCAAACAGCUCCAUCACCCCGGAAUUAUACACCUCAUUCGGCACAGCGGCAAUCAACACCAUCUACUCCUCAACAUUAUAAUAACAACCACAGGAAUAAUCAAAGAUUCCAACCAAUGCAACAGCAGCAACAGUUUUCCCCGCAAUUCUCGCAUCAGACGCCCACAUCCCCAUAUCCCCCUCAGAUGCCAUAUCAAAAUUAUCCUAGGUCAGGUGGGUUUUCAAAUCAAGGAAGUCCCAACCUUCAAUCUCAGAAGCCCAUCUACCCCCAGCAAUAUCAACAAAACCAGCAACAUUUUUGGCAAAAUAUGAAUCAAACAAGUCCCGGUACCAAUUCGUUCUCUCCAAGACCUCCUCCACAGAAUCGCCAAUUGUACCAGCCGGGUCCUUCAAAUCCUGGUGGUCAAGGACGGAGAUAUUUUGGAGCGAAUACUGAAGAAAUGACUGGCCAAAGCGCAUUCUUGGACAAAUUGGCUGAAGAGUGCGUCCCAAAAGUGGCUAUUGACACUAAUGAGGCAAACAAGAAAGAGGAAUUCCGGGCUCACAUUGAAAAGAUUUGCAAAGCGGCAAUUGCUGAACAUGAGCGAGAAGAGCGUGGUAACAAAGAAUUUGAUGCUGCAACUGUCGAGCUGAAAUGUUACGGAAGUUUGAGCUCCGGCUUUGCAACCAAAGGUUCUGAUAUGGAUCUUGCACUUCUUACGCCCUCCUCGAAUCCAUCUGCGGAGUUGUCGGAGUCUCAAAUACCACGACUGUUGGAGAAGAAGUUGCUGAGUUUGGGGUACGGCGCACGACUACUCACUCGAACAAGAGUUCCUAUCAUCAAGCUUUGCGAGAAACCGCUCCCAAAAUUAAUGGAAGAUCUUCUAGAAGAGCGUAAAAAAUGGGAUAGUGGCUUGGGUGAAGGUCAGGAUGGUGAUCCAGACGAAAAACACUUGGAAACUCUCACCACAAAGUCUCCGGAAUCAACCCAAGUAGAUGCAGACUCGCAAAAACUCUCGACCAAAACCACGAGUAAUCCCAGCAGUCAACUUAAUCCAGGUAACACGGGAAAUACAAGUCUAAGUGAGAAGAAAGGUAUUACCUUGAAGCAAAAGGACCACCAGAAUCUCAUUGACUACCACAUUUGUGCAAAGCGAGCUUUGAGAAAAAAUGGUGGACGCGAUUUAUCUUUAAACUCCACUGAGCUCAGUACUCGGGAAGCGAAAAUUCUCGAUGAAGUUUGUCGAGCUUUUAUACUUGGAUUGCACUCUGAGGACUUAUCCAAUCGGCUAUCUAGUUAUCCAUCUAUCUCUCCAUUGUUUGAUCCUUCCAUUCCUUUUGUCCAGCGAUCCUUAAACGGAAUUUGCACACAGAUUGAAGGAGAGAGGCUAGCCAUGGCAUGGGAGAAGCGAACAUUAAUGGAAGCAACCGAUAAACAAGAGUCGGAAGCUCUCGCCGCUCUCGAGGCAUGGAAAGUUUUGCAGAACAAAACAGGACCACUCACUGAGUGUGAAAUCUACAACAAACAACUUCACAACGCGUCUGAACGUCUGAAAAGGAUUCAUUCUUUACGCCUUCUCUGUCUCGAGCAAUUGAUGUUUGAGAGUCCACAACAAUACUUUAUGAGAGUGGAAAGACUCAAAGAAGAUCUUGAAGGCAAGGGGUUGCCUCAAAACCUCAUCAGGCCACGCAACUUAACGGAAGAAGAAGUUGUGGCGUGGUUUGUUAAGCAUUACAUUGAUGGCAUUCAUGAUGUCCAUAUUCGGGAAGCCUUGCAAUGUAUGGAGGAAAUAAUGACAUUGAAAGAUGUAGCUCGCCGACAUCAGAUUUUGCAACUUGCCAAAGAUUACGAACAUGCCCUUGAAUCUAAAAUCUAUGACGAGACUUCUAUUCACCAUGUUGAACUAUACAUCUCGGUUUUGCGAGACCUAGCUAGUAGGCAAUUUUCUGUCGAUUCUUCACGAGCGGAACUGAUAGCCAUCAUGCGUACUCUUCCUGAUCCGACCCAAAUAUCACUGAAUAAGCCGCGGGAUAGAUACAAGGAUCAUCUUGAGUUUCCCAAGGACAAGGUCGGCAUUCAAUGUGAUAUCAAUUUCUCAAAUCAUUUGGCCUUACAUAACACAUUACUUCUCAGGCUGUACUCUCUAUGUGAUUCAAGAGUCAAGAUGGUGGUACUUUUUGUGAAACACUGGGCAAAGACUCGUGGAAUAAAUACUCCAUAUCGAGGCACUCUGGGAAGUUACGGCUAUGUACUGAUGGUUUUGCACUACCUGAUAAAUGUUGCCAAACCUCCAGUCUUGCCCAAUCUUCAACACGUCAACAAAGAGCCGCCUGUAUGUCUCUCUCCUGCUGAGAAAGAAGCUCAAACUACUUGUGAUGGUCAAGAUGUGAGAUUUUGGAGAGAUGAAGCAGAGAUCAGAUCUUUGGCUGAGCGUGAAAUGUUAACACAAAAUCAUGACUCGGUAGGGAUGUUACUCCGAGGGUUCUUUGAAUACUUUGCACAGAAUGGGCUGAUGACGACGGUUCAAGGAGUAAGAGGAUUUGAUUGGGGUCGUGAAGUUUUGAGUUUACGUUCAAACUAUGGAAUUCUUAGCAAACAGGAAAAAGGAUGGGUCGGUGCCAGAACGGUCGUUGAAACUACACAAAUAGCGGCUCCACCAACUCCAGCAAGUCCCAAAACUGUUGAAGGGAAUACCAGCAACUCAACCACGGCGGCGGAACAUAAGGAGGCUCCCAAGACAGUGGAAGAAACCAAGGAGGUCCGUCACCGAUAUCUUUUGGCAAUCGAAGAUCCAUUCGAAAUAGAGCACAAUAUUGCACGUACUGUGACUCAUAAUGGAAUUGUGUCAAUUCGAGAUGAAUUCAGACGUGCAUGGGGUAUAAUCAGAACUCUGGGAACAAGAUUCCAAUCCAAGGAUGGACUUUUAGAUACAAUACCUGACCCGAGCGAUUCCCAAGCUGAAUUGCGAAUCCUACUGAAUUCGAUUCACGGACGGAAAAACAAUGAAGUUGUGGCUGGAAAAAUCUAAAGUUCUAUGGGAUUAUGGCUUUCUCGGGCUAUCGCAAAUGGAGGAUAGGAGAACGGAAAAACUGGAGCACUUGGCGCUGUUAUGGAAGAAAAGCACGACUUUACGAGUAAAAAAGACAUGAGGUUAGCUCAUGCUAGCGCAUCAGACCUGGUACCUUAUGCAUGAUUGAUUGUUGGUGAUUAUUGAUGUCCUUUCAGCUGAGUUUCAAUGUCUCUACUCACGUGAAGAAUUCAAGUGGAUUUGGUGGCUGAUUUGGUGCCCCUACAUCUAGCCAGGAUACGUUGCAUUGUGAUUA